GCGUGUGUAAGAAACACUUCAAAAAAAAAAAAUACAUAUAUAUAUUAAAAGAAAAGAAUAUAUAUAAAUAAACUGUACCAAAAGUUUUUUUUGUGGAAAAAUAAAUCAAUUAACUAACAAAAGAAUUUUGUUAAACAACACUUCAUAGACAAGAAUUAGUUAAAACUUUAGUUUUUGUGGUUAAAUACAUAUUUAGUUAAAAGCAAACGCAAACGCAAAAAUUAAAAAUGGCAAACAAUCAAGACUUGCAAGAAGAUUUUUCACAAGAUGUGAAAGACGAUCAACACUUUAAUGGUGAUGAAGCCGGUGAAAAUGGAACAGAUAAUGGCACAGAAAAUGGAAAUGAAAAUGGGAACGAUGGGGCCCAGCUAAAUGAAAAUGAACAAGGGCAACAAGGCGGCGAAGCUGCAUCAGGACGCGAUGACGACAGAAAACUUUUCGUUGGUGGUUUGAGCUGGGAGACAACAGAAAAGGAAUUGCGCGAACAUUUUGGCCAAUACGGUGAAAUCGAAAGUAUCAACGUUAAGACAGAUCCACAAACAGGUCGUUCACGCGGCUUUGCAUUCAUUGUGUACACAUCGCCUGAGGCGAUUGAAAAAGUGACGGCCGUUGCCGAGCAUGUGAUUAACAACAAAAAGGUUGAUCCCAAAAAAGCAAAGGCUCGUCAUGGCAAAAUUUUUGUUGGUGGUCUAACAUCCGAAAUUAGUGACGAAGAAAUCAAAACAUUCUUCGGACAAUUUGGCAAUAUUGUUGAAGUCGAAAUGCCAUUCGACAAACAAAAGAAUCAACGCAAAGCAUUCUGCUUCAUUACUUUUGAUUCCGAACAAGUCGUAAACGAAUUGUUGAAGACACCGAAACAGACGAUCUCUGGCAAAGAAGUCGAUGUGAAAAAAGCUACACCCAAACCAGACAACGUGCCGGGACAAUUCGGUGUUGGUGGCUCACGUGGCGGUCCACGUGGCCGACAAGUUCGCGGUGGAUUCGGUGGUCCAAAAGGAUGGAAUCAAAGUUACGGAUAUGGUGGUCAAGGUAGCUCAUACUAUGGACCAAACUAUGAUGGUUAUGCUGGCUACGCCGAUUAUUACAGCGGUGGCUACGGAGCCGGCAGCUAUGGCGCGGGUUACCAAGAUUACUACUCGGGGAACUAUGACUAUGGAUAUGGAGGUGCUGACUACACAAACUAUGGCGGCAGCCGACAAGGACGUGGAAUGGGUAAAGGUGGAAACUACCAGGGAGGCAAACAACAGAGAGGCGGCGGUGGCCGACAGCCACGACAUCAACCAUACUAAACAAAAUUUUAAAUUAGCAUAACAGAAGUACACACACACACACACACACACACAAGCAUUAAAUGAAAAUAUUACAAAAAGAAACA